AGUACGUGUGUGUGUGCGAGUGUGUUAUCGCAGACGUCACAGCCUGCCGUUGGUCCAGUUCAGUUCAGUUCAAUUCAGAUGUGCCGUUGGUUCUCCCCGGACGUAAACUGAACUAAAUAUACCGACCCGAAGGCAAUUUAACCCGGGAAACCGUCUCACACUCUGAACCGGGACACUUUUUAUUUUUUUACAUAACCCGAAAUAACCAGUCAAAACAGCCGGGGCGGAGGUUGGGAGAGCCUCCGUUAGCGUAACGUCCGUGACGUCGGUCCGCCAGGGCUGCUGCUGCUGCGCUGGGUUUUACUACCACGCUGUUUUUGUCUGAAGGCUCCUUAUCUGUGUUUACGGAGCGGUCGGUAUCGGUUACGCUCGGAGCCUGUAGCCAUAGGAUAGAUAGAAGUUUGUGAAUGAUGGAGAAGAAGAGGACGGACUGUCCCGCUCUGCCGCCCGGCUGGAAGAAAGAAGAAGUGAUCAGGAAGUCCGGACUGAGCGCUGGAAAGAGCGACGUCUACUACUACAGUCCUUCAGGAAAGAAGUUCAGGAGUAAGCCUCAGUUGUCCCGUUACCUUGGAAACAGUGUGGAUCUGGGAUGUUUCGACUUCCGGACGGGAAAGAUGAUGCCUGGGAAACUGCAGAAGAACAAACAGAGGCUCCGACAUGACCUGCUCAGCUUGGGCAAGGGAGGUAAACCGGACCUGAACACGGCCCUGCCUAUCAGACAGACAGCGUCCAUCUUUAAACAGCCCGUUACCAAAGUUACCAGUCACCCCGGCAACAAGGUGAAGACAGACCUGCAGAGAGCUAGUGAGCAGCCCAGACAGCUGUUUUGGGAGAGGAGGUUGAAAGGUCUGCGGUCAUCAGACAUCACAGAGGAAGUGCUGCGGACCAUGGACCUGCCCAAAGGCCUGCAGAGUGUCGGUCCAGACUCCAGCGAAGACACUCUUCUGUCGGCCAUCGCCAGUGCUCUGCACAUGAGCUCUGCUCCGAUAACGGGACAGACGUCCGUGGCUGCCGAGAAGAACCCGGCCAUCUGGCUGAACACGUCCCAGCCUCUCUGCAAGGCCUUUGCCGUCACUGACGAACACAUCCGGGAGCAGGAGCUGAAAGUGUACCAGGCCAGGAGAAGUCUGGAGGAGGCGCUGAUGGCUGACGGUUUGGCGCGGGCCGCCGAAAACACCAGAGAGCUGUUACAGGGGAAGACGGUUUGAAGACAGACAGGUGAGAGUUCCUCUGUUCAACCUACCUUUAGGUUUAUAAUCCUCUUCCUCUUAAUCCAGACGACGAACCAAAAAAAACCAACAACAACAGACCACCCACAGACUGAACCUCUCCUGCACUGAUCCGUUGUCUCGGUGGGCGAUUGCGCCAACCGUCCCGUUAAGGAAACUAUUUUCAGGAUGAUACCACGCUGGACAUCUCUCAGCAUUUGCAAACGAAAAGGGAUUUACCAGAGCAGCAGCAGCAGCGGCCUCAAUGGGAGCAGCGACCACAGCAAUACUGGCAUCAAGCAAUGACAAAAACACCAGCAACACCAGCGGAGCCAAAACGGCAACAUAGGAACCAGCAAUAAGUCGGGUAUCUACCAGCCCAAAGCAACAACCGAAGCCUUUAAUCCUUUGGGAUUCAUCAUCCGUACAAACUUUACAACCAGCGCUUUUCUUGUUAGGUAUUAGUUUUCUUUCUUUUUGAUAAAAAAAAGCUGAUGAAAUAUUUUUUUUUUUUUUAUACUGAAGAGCAACGCCCUCAUCGAACCUAAAGUCAGAAACUGCUGGACGGCUUUUGCUAACUCUUCUUGUGCUCUUUGGUGGUUUUGGUUGUUUGUGGUGUCAGAUUGUCGUCACUUUUAAAGUCUUACGGGGUUUUAAUUGAAUAAUAAUGAGAAUGUACGUGCAUAUGAAAUAGAACAAUUGCUUAUUUAAGACAAAUUUUAUACCUUGAGAGAACAUACGUGUACAUUUCUUGGACUGGAGUAAAUAAAUGACUAUAUUCACAA